GGCCGCCGUUACCCGAAAGACAGAGUGGGAGCCGCUGAGUCCUGCUGCCCGCCCUCAGCCUCAGACCAGUGUCUCCGCCAUGAUUCAGGCGCUCAGAGGCCGCUGCGGCCCCUUGCUGGCCGGGAAGCUGCGUGCCGCCGCCGCCGCCACCUGCUACCGGCUGUCGAUCGCCAGCGGGAGCUCGAGCCAGAGCCAGAGCCAGUGGAAGAACAAGUUCCGGGAGACGGUACUGCUGCCCCGCACCGACUUCCCGAUGAAACUGAGGGGCCGGGAGCUGCUGGAGAAGGAGCUGCAGAUCCAGAGGGAAUGUGGUUUUUCAGAGCUAUAUUCCUGGCAAAGAAAUAGGAAAGGAAAGGAUUUUUGUGUUCAUGAUGGACCGCCUUAUGCUAAUGGUGACCCUCAUGUUGGUCAUGCCUUAAAUAAAAUAUUAAAGGAUAUCACUAAUAGGUUUCAGAUGAUGAGAGGUUCCAGAAUUCACUUUGUACCAGGCUGGGAUUGUCAUGGGUUGCCUAUUGAGCUUAGAGCACUGGCAGAAUAUGGUGAAGAAGCUAAAAUACUUUCUCCUUUAGAGAUCAGACAAAAAGCCAGAGAAUUUGCCGAAAGAACAAUUGAACGCCAACGAGCGGCAUUCAUUCGAUGGGGCGUGAUGGCAGAUUGGGAUAAAUGUUAUUACACUUUUGACAAACAAUAUGAAGCCAAACAGUUAAAAAUUUUCCACAAAAUGUUUGAUAAGGGUUACAUUUACCAAGACUACAAACCUGUAUUUUGGUCUCCUUCCACAAGGACAGCCCUGGCUGAAGCUGAACUUGAAUACAAUCAACAGCAUAUUAGUCGAUCAGUAUAUGUCAAAUUUCCUCUUGUGAAACUUCCCUCCAAAUUGACUUCAACACCAGGUGAUGUAUCCUCUGUUUAUGCAUUGAUCUGGACAACGCAGCCUUGGACAAUUCCAGCAAACCAGGCAGUUUGUUACAUGCCAAAUGCCCAGUAUUCCCUAGUGAAGUGCUUAAACACAGAGGAGCUCUACCUUCUAGGUACAGAAUGUAUAGAUUCUAUAGCAGCUAUCCUGGGAACACAGUUUGAAAUUCUUCAGGCAGUCACAGGUUCAGAUUUGGAAGGUGGAGUCUGUAGCCAUCCCACAAUUCCUGGAAGAGAAUCCCAGCUUUUGCCUGCUAAUCAUGUGACAAUGGUUAAAGGGACAGGAUUGGUUCAUACAGCCCCAGCUCAUGGAAUGGAGGAUUAUGGUGUCGCUUCACACCACAAACUCUUUGUGGACUGUUUAGUGGAUGAAGAUGGCUUUUUCACUGAAGAAGCUGGAUUAGAGCUUCAAAACAAGUAUGUCCUUAAUGAAGGAAAUGAAACAGUCAUCCAAAUGUUGCAUGGGGCAAACAUGUUAUUGAAAGAGGAGGAAGUAAAACACAGUUACCCAUACGACUGGAGGACAAAGAAGCCAGUAAUUAUACGAUCCAGCAAACAGUGGUUCAUAGAUACUGCAAGUAUCAAAGACAGAGCUCAGGAAUUGCUGAAGAAGAUACAAAUAAUUCCACAAUCAGCAAUGAACAGUAUGCUUGCCAUGUUAGACAGACGGACAUACUGGUGCAUUUCAAGGCAGAGGUGUUGGGGAGUACCCAUUCCAGUUUUCUAUCACAAAGAAACUGCAGAGCCACUCAUUAACAAAUACACAAGGGAGCACCUUAUCAAACUGGUGGAAGAACAUGGUAGUGACUGUUGGUGGACUCUACCUUUGGACCAACUCCUGACUAAAGAAGUUUUAAAAAAGAGUGGAGGUUCUGAUGUGUCUAAUUAUGUCAAGGGAGAGGACAUCUUGGAUAUUUGGUUUGACAGUGGCAUUUCAUGGGCAUAUGUAUUGGAAGAUGCAGGUAAUGUUGCAGAUGUGUACCUGGAGGGGAAGGAUCAGCUGGGUGGUUGGUUUCAAUCCUCUAUGCUCACCAGUGUCGCAGUUGAGAAACAAAUUCCAUAUAGAAAAUUGGUAGUCCAUGGAUUUACUCUCAAUGAAACUGGUGAGAAAAUGUCCAAAUCUGUGGGAAAUGUGGUGGAUCCAAAUGUUAUUAUUAAUGGAGGACUGGAUCCAAACCAAGACCCACCCUUUGGAGCAGAUGUUCUUCGCUGGUGGGCAGCAGAGUCUAAUGUUUUCACAGAGGUUUUAAUUGGACAAAAUAUACUGCAAGCAGCAAGAGAUGAUGUUUUUAAGUUACGCAAUACAUUACGCUUUAUGUUGGGGAACCUUUGUAAUUUUGACCCUAAAACUGAUGCAGUUCCAAGUGAACAAUUGCUAAUGGUGGAUCAGUACAUGCUUCAUCUCCUUCAAGAUUACAGUACCAAGGUUACAGAGGCUUAUAAAGAUUAUGAUUUUGGAAAAGUUAUUCGCCUUGUGUUGGCAUUUAUUAACAGAGAACUCUCUAACUUUUACUUCAGCAUCAUCAAAGAUCGAUUAUAUUGUGAAGAUGAGAAACACCCCAAGCGUCUUUCAUGUCAGACAGUUUUAGAUGAAGCAUUAGAUGUAAUCACACGUUCUGUAGCCCCAAUCCUGCCUCAUCUUGCAGAGGAAGUAUUCCAGCACAGAGUAAACAAAGAAGAGCCUCAGAGUGUGUUUCGAACUGGCUGGAUAAAGGCCAGUUCUGUUUGGAAGAAGCCUGGCAUAGUGGAGGCUAUUGAGGGUGCUUGUGCAAUAAGAGACAGUUUCUUGAGCUCUAUACCUGGAAAAAACUCAACUGAGUAUGAUGUAACCAUUAUCAUUGAGCCUAGUUUGUUGCUUGAGUUGAUGGAGCAUCUGCAAGGUGAGCAAAUAUCUAGUUCUUCACAACUGAAUGAGCUAAUGAUGGCAUCACAUACGACGUUACAUACUGGCGUUCCUCGUGACCUGUCUACAGACACAGAAUUUAUUGAAGGAAAAUUUGUAAUCAAUUUAGAAGGAGGCGAUAUUAUUGAGGAAUCAUCAUACAAAAUAAUUGUUCAAUCAGCUAACAAAGAAAGGUGUCCCCGAUGUAAGAAAUACACAUCAGAGUCAGCACUAACACUCUGCCCUCGUUGCUUGGAAGCCGUCGCUGGAAAGUGGAGUGUUUAAUUUGUCAACUGAUAAUGAUUAAUGUGAGCACUUAAGAAAACAAGGACAAAUAUGCAAUGUAAAACUAGCUUUCAUCCCGAUCAGCAAGUGAUAUAUAUUUCAUCUUCACACUCCCUCCUCAGAGGUCUUCUGUUCUCCUUGCUGAAUAGUUCAGAUUUUGAUAGGGUUCUGUCAAAACUACCAUUUCCAGUUGGAGGUUAUGGGGUAUGGUGAUUCUGCAUGUCUGGGUAUGACAUGUCUUAUGUUUUUGUAUUUUCUGCCUUAAAAUCUGGAAUGAAAUUUUGAUUGUUAGCCCAACCAUUAAGUUAAUUUCUAGUUUUCCCUGUCUGUAUUAGAUGAGGUGAAAGUUUCUACACUUUUGAAAGUAAAUGCUCCCACAUUAUAAAUGCUAUCAUACAAUCAUGUCAGAAGUCACAAUUGAUUGAUUGUACACUGAGGAGCCAUCUAAUGAAACUUAAUGGGGUUCCAAUGCAUAUGUUGCUUGUUAUAGCACAGGUUAAUAAGGAAUUGUGAGAUUUGUGUAAUAAACAUUUUUAUACACAAAGGUUUUCAGAAACAUGUUUAUCCUUCACAUAGAAAUAAAAUUCAAAGUGAACUUUAAUUAAACAGCAAUAGCAGACUAGGGAAAUGUAACAUUUAGUGUACAAUUGUACAAAGUUUGCUAUUUGGGUUAGUUAUAGAUUGGACUGACCCCAGCUAUCAGAUAUUUCUGGGUUCUGUAUGCAAGCAACUAUGGUUCUUGUACUAAUUGUGUGUGUGGUAGGGUUGCAUUCCAAGAAUGCUUUCUAAAUAAGUUGUACAAGUAGUUAGUGUGGUUUCUGAAGAGAUUCUUAAAUAGAGUUAAGUUAGACAAAAAAAAAAGCAAGAUCCAUCUAGCUUGCCUUCCACCAUCCUGGUAAUGAAGUUGUUGACUAAUCUUGGCAAUUGAUUUUAACAAUUAGCCUACAACAGACUAGAGGUGAGAAAACCACUUGGUGGUGGACAGCUUUGGGAUCACUCUAUCCCAAAAUAUUUUCUGUAAGAAAUCUAAUUUUCAUUGUAAUUAAUCAACACUACCUGCAUCCACUGUCUCCAAGGGAAACUGUUCCAUAAAUUUGGCAGUCACAAAUUAUAUUUCUAUAGAUCAGUUUUGAAUUUACCCCAUUUCUAAUGCAGGUAGUGCCCUUCCAUUUGGAUAAGGUGAAAUUACUGACCAUAAUUAUUUAUUGUCCAGUUUCUUUAAAAUCAUGAACACAGCAAUGAUACCGCUCAACCUUCUCUUUUCCAGAGGGAACCUACCCAAUUUAAGCUGGUCAUAAUGAAAUCCUUCCAUCCCCUCAAUCUUAAUAUUUGACAUUCCCUUUCACCAUCACAAAGCUGCUUUCUCACUACUGGUUAAUUUGGUGAAAAAGUAAGUGAAAUUUCAGACACCAGACCUCAAACAAUUCAACCGGAAUUGUCCACUCUGCUCUCCAGCAGAGUAAAUGGCAUUUAGUAUGUUCUGUUUGUGACUUGAAAAUUAAUUCACUGUUAAACUAGAAAUGUCGUGCCUCCUGAAAGUGAUCAUAUCUUGAGAGAGGAAUCAUUUCUAACUAUUGCUAGAAAUUAAAAGAAAAAUUGUUUACAGCAUCCUGUCAAAAAGCAACUUCCUGGAAACACCAUGACCAAUAGGUCUGUUGCUGACUGCCAAUUCUAGCUUCUAUGAUGGUGUUGGUUACAGAUUUGGAAAUAAAGUCCCAAAGCAAGGCAGUCUCCACAAAAGGAUGGAGCACUAACAGCCCAGUGGAUUUAUCUUUUCCAGUUCUCCCCUAAGUCAUUUUCAUGAAAAAAAUACGUUGUCAGUGGUGUUUUUUUUUGUGACUCCCUUAGCUACAAAAAAUCUUUGAGAGAAGGUAGGUAAUCCUGAGACUCCUAAUCUGAUAGGAUUAGCCCUUUAACAAGCUCUGGUCUAAUUUUUUUUAAGCAACUGGUCAAUUGGAGAUCAUUUUAUCUGCACUUGUGCAUACUAACUGCAAAGUCAGGCAUUACAUCUUGCUUAGUGCUGCAGUUUUUUUUGCUCUAAUUUAUAGACCACGUAUUUACUACAUUUUCUGUUCAGUUCGACUCGACCAACAAUAGUUUCACAGCAAUGUUUAGUGUUUAUUUUAAAUAAACCAACAAACUCAGUUGCCAUCAAAUAUUUCACUUGUCAUGGACAGGCAUUGCAUUUCAAUUAUUUAUACAAAGAGCAACUCAGCAUGGAUUGAAGAGUUUUUAUUUGGUUAAUGAGCAAUAAUUUACAAUAUUACAGUUGGUUUAUGCCCACUGAUUAGUAUGGAAAUGUAUCUGACUGUACACACAUUAUUGGUGUCUGAUCACUGUUCAUUUUGUUACUUAUACAAAUGCAAAAAAAUUGAGGGAAUAAAAACGUUUGUCUUUACAUUAACAAAAUAAACAAUUUUUUCCUUU